AUGGAUGGCCCUCCACCCCCUCCCCCGCCGCAUGGCGAGAAUCCUCACACCACCGACGGCGAAUAUCGUAAAUCGUCCGAUCUACCGCCCGGAAAUUAUGACAUCUUCAUCGUCCCGCCGCACUCAUCCGGCGGCGGCUUCUUAUACCUUCCCUCCCUGCAGUGCCAUCGCAACAGCUUCCUCGCCGGCGCCUCAAGCACACUGCUUGUGGUCAUAAUAUGGUCUCUGAUCGCUCCCACUAUCAAGACGUGGUAUAUGGCCUCUGUCUCCAACGGCCCGGGGGGGGAUGGGAAUGAUGGUGGUCGCACUUGGUUUAGGUGUUGCUGGCUGGGCAUUUGGAAUGUCUCAAUCAGGUAG